AUGCGGCGACCACAAUCAGAAAAUGCCGUCGCGGUGAAGCCGUUGUGGUCACAUCUCUUUGCAGCCCCGAAUUCGAACAAGACGCGGCUCGCGCCGAGCUUUCGGGCGGAGAAGGUGACCUGCCCUUCAAGUUCGGGGCCAGCUUGCAGAGGCAGACGAAGCAGCAGAGACCGACUCUUCAUCGGCUUCCGACAAAGGCUUUUGCAUGCAACCACCUACGUGAUAGACAUCGUGGCUCUGGGCGAUGCCGCUUUCAUGACGCCGGGAUGCGAGAGCAGCUGGACCAUGCAGAGCGUGCUGGAAUCCACCGCUGUGCCGAAAGUCGUGUUUGAUAUUCGCAGCCAGUCCAACGCCCUCUUUACACGUUUCGGCGUGCGGCUCGGCAACAUCCACGAAAUUCAGCUCAUGGAGGUGGCAUGCCGCCCGACGUCGAGGGUCUAUGUAAGUGGCCUUGUCAAGUGUGUGUGGACAUGCCCAGGGCUCGCCGACGCCGACAAGCAGCACUGGGUUAGCCGCAAGGCUCACUACCGGGAGCUGUGCAACCCGGCGUACGGCGGCGACGAUGCGCUGCUGGAGCGGCGACCAAUUGAGCCUGCCGUCGUAGACAUGUGUGCGACAAACAUCGAAAGUCUACCCAUACUGUGGGACACAUACAAGGCACAGAACGGUGGCCUGUCAAUGAAGCGCAUCUUGACUGCGACUCGCGAACGCAUCGCAGCCUCCCAGGCUUCAGAUUACAAGACGCAAGGAAAACACAUGACGUUUGCCCCGCCAUCUCUCCAAGUCAGACGCGCGAGCUUCGGCAGAUACAGAUAG